UCUAAUGAAAAAUAUAGUUUUUGUUUAGAUUUUAGAUCAAAUAAUGAAUGACAUGUAUUGUAAUUAUUUUAUUAAUUAAAACAUAUUUCUAUAGUAACUCUAAAAAUUGUUCUAAUGUUGACACAUUACCAUAGCAUAAAUGUUACAAUGCUUUUUAAAUAAUAUAUAAAGGAUGUCGUUCUUCUCCUCCCCAUUUACACCAGACAACACUGAGAAAAGCUUAAAUCAAACGUCAUUUUCUCCUUUAAAAGCCUUCUAAGUUCUUGUUUCUUUCAAAUAAUAAACAUCUUUUCUUAUCGUUUCAUUUUCACAAUUGAAAUGGAAUCCAUCACAAUGAUCCCUGAAACAUUCAAUGAAAAUGCAACCCAAAACAACCCUUUGAAAACGUUAUUUUCUCUUUUAAAAAGCCUUUUAAGUUCUUGUUUCUUUCUGAUAUCAAACAUCUUUUCUUAUCAUUUCAUUUUCACACAUGAAAUGGAAUCCAUCAAAACGCUCCCUCAAACAUUCGAUGAAGAUGCAACCAAAAACAACCCAUUGAUGAUCUUUGAUUCAGCUGACUUAAAUAAUAAAUCAGACAAGAUACCUCAAGAGUUUGUAUGGCCCGACCAUGAUAAACCCUCUACAAACGUUCCGAUCCUCCAAGUCCCUCUCAUCGACCUUGCUGGUUUUCUCUCUGGCAACCCAUUUUUGGUCUCGGAGGCUACAAGACUAGUGGCGGAAGCGGCAAAGCAACAUGGUUUCUUCCUAGUCAUCAACCAUGGAAUCGAUGAGAAGCUCUUGUCUGGUGCAUGCACACUAAUGGACAAAUUCUUCAAGUCACCGAGUUGUGAGAAACAUAAGGCUCAGAGAAAGUGGGGCGAAAGCUCGGGUUAUGCUAGUAGCUUUGUUGGAAGAUUCAAAAAAAAUCUCCCAUGGAAGGAAACGCUGUCGUUUGCAUUCUCCCCAGGGGAGAAGAGUGAGAACCACUCCCAAGAUGUUAAAGAGUUCAUCGUUAAGAAGAUGGGUGACGAAUACAAAGAUUUUGGGAUUGUUUAUCAAGAAUACGCGGAGGCCAUGAGCGAUCUUUCACUAAAGAUCAUGGAGCUUCUUGGAAUGAGUCUUGGCAUCAAUAGGAGCCAUUUCAAAGAGUUUUUCGAAGACAAUGAGUCGAUAUUUAGAUUGAAUUACUAUCCACAGUGCAAGCAACCUAAUGUUGUACUAGGGUCAGGACCGCACUGCGAUCCAACAUCUCUAACCAUACUUCAACAAGACCAAGUCAACGGUCUUCAAGCUUUCGUGGACAACCAAUGGCAAGCAAUACUUCCUAACCCUCAAGCACUGGUGGUAAACAUUGGCGACACUUUCAUGGCUCUAACCAACGGAAUAUACAAGAGUUGCUUGCAUCGAGCCUUAGUGAAUAGCAAAACCGAAAGAAAGACACUUGCAUUCUUCCUUUCUCCAAAAAUGGACAAAGUGGUGAGGCCACCAGCGGAAUUAGGAGGUGAAAGAGCAUAUCCAGAUUUUACAUGGUCUAUGCUUCAUGAGUUUGUAAUGAAACAUUAUAGAGCAGAUGAAAGCACGCUUGAUGAGUUCACAAAAUGGCAUACGAACAGAGGAAGUUUCUGACAAAAAAAAUUAUAGUGUGCUGUCGCUAGUGCAAUGCUGAGGGGUUUUGGAGCAAAAUAUUAGUUUAUUAAAGAACUAUAAUUUAGUUAUAAUGAUAUGUUAUAUUAUAUAUUGAAAAUACAUUAAUAUCAAAUAUAAAAUGGUAAAACAAAAUAUUUAAAUUUAAUUAAAAUAUGAUAAAUGAAACUGUAAAUAAAUUUAUAUAAUAGAUGAAAAUAUGAAUAUAUAAAAUGAGUUAAAUUCUUUUGAUAAUUUAUACAUGAAAAAAAUCAAUAGAAAGACAAAAACAGUUAAAUACAUAAAGUAUGAUAAUUGAUACAUUUACAAUAAAUAAAACAAAUAGAAAAUGAAAUAAAUUAUCUUAAAGAGAUUCUUUUUGUACAUCUAACAAAACGAUGAAGUUAAAUGCAUUUUCUUUAACUAAGUACACCAAAUAACAAAGGAAAUGAAACCCCAAAAAUUAGUAUUUUAGAAGGGGCCUGAAGUCUGUUGCCUUUUUUUCCAUGCCUAUGGCACGGCUCUGGCUGUCGCAUAUGCAGUAUUUAAGUUUCAUAAAUGGUUUUUCUUAAAUACUAUUUUUGAAGCUUUUCUUUUUCAUUAUCUUUCUUUAUGUUGUUGGAUUUAAUUAGGACUUAGGAGCCAUAUAUGAUAUAUGCAUAGCCUCGCUUCUAAUUAAUUGCAUACAUUUCACUUUUAAAAGAAAAAUGUGGACGUGUUCUUUUUUUUUUAAAGGCUUUCUAAUUAAAAUUAAAAGUACAGUUACAAGCUAUGAUCCAUGGAUCAUAUAUACAGUGAAACAAAGUUUAAUAAAGAUAGCAACAUGAAGCACUUAAGCCAA